AUGGAAAGGUCAAACAGAUUUUCAUCACAGUUUGAUUCCAUAAAGUCUCUUGGGAAAGGAGGCUUUGGUCGGGUGUACAAAGUAAGACAAAUACUGUUGAACAAGAAGUAUGCGGUCAAGAUUGUCCGUUGUAAAAAAAAAGCUCUGCGGGAGGUGAGGGCAUUAUCAGACCUUCUUCACCACAACAUUGUGAGGUAUUAUAACUGUUUAAAGGAAUCAUCGGCAGAGUUCUUAUAUAUUCAAAUGGAGUUAUGUGACUCAGAAACACUGAGACACUGGAUCAAAGAGAGGAAUAAAAUAACUCUGUCAGACUCCAGAAGAAGACAUGAGGGUCUAACCAUCGCUCAAAAAAUAGUCAGUGGAGUCGAGUACAUUCACCUCAAAAAACUCAUUCCCAGGGACCUGAAGCCUGCCAACAUCAUGUUUGGACCGGAUGGAGCAGUGAAGAUUGGAGACUUUGGUCUGGUCACUGCAGAUGAUGUCGAAGAUGAACCAAGGGAGAGAACUAAAGAAACAGGAACCAUUUCUUACAUGGCUCCAGAACAAGAACAUUAUACAUAG